AUGCCAGCUGAGGCCCUGGUGAUCCAAUCGAAUGAUCUGAAAAUCGAUGAGUCAUCGUUAACUGGCGAAUCAGAUCUGAUCCGGAAGAGCUUCGAUCAUGAUCCUGUAUUGCUCUCAGGCACCAACGCCAUGGAAGGCAGUGGACGGUUUCUCAUCACCGCUGUCGGUCUGAACAGUCAGACGGGUAUCAUCAUGAGCCUUCUUGGUGCCACGAAAGAUGAGAAAAAGGAUGACCAAGAGAGUAAGGUUCAGAUGAACGGAAAUGGUCAUGCGCCGAAUCUGACCGUAGCCAAUGGUUUGACAAAUGGCGAGAAGAAGAAGGAAGAAGAAGUUGCUGUUGUUGAGGAAGAGCCUAAUAAAGGAAAAUCUGUACUUCAAGCAAAACUGUCCAAUCUAGCCAUACAAAUCGGGUACAUAGGUUCUAUUGUGGCGGCGGCUACCGUACUGAUUCUCAUCAUUCGCCAUUGUAUUACACAUUAUGCCGUCAAUAAGGAGACAUUUAAGACUUCCGAUUUGGCCUACUUUGUGAACUUCAUUAUCAUCGGUGUCACAGUGCUCGUCAUUGCCGUUCCUGAAGGUCUUCCAUUAGCUAUCACAUUGGCACUUACGUACUCCGUGAAAAAGAUGAUGAAAGACAACAAUUUGGUGCGACAUUUGGAUGCUUGUGAGACGAUGGGUAACGCGACGGCGAUUUGCUCGGACAAGACGGGAACUCUGACGACAAAUCGAAUGACUUGCGUUCAGUGCUACAUCAAUGAGCACUUCUACAAGAACCAACUGCCGGCGAGCAAUCUCAUGAACAAGAAGACUCGUGAUUUGCUCAUCGAAGGUAUUUGCAUCAAUUCGGGUUACAACUCGCAAGUAUUGCCGGCGGCCAAGCCCGGAGAACAACGUAACAGAUCGGUAACAAGACGGAGUGUGCGUUGCUUGGAUUCGUACUCGAUAUGCAGCAAAGCUACGAAGAAAUUCGAGCAAAACAUCCCGAGGAAACACUAUUCAAGGUCUAUACGUUCAACUCAUCUCGGAAAUCUAUGA